UGUGUGUGUGUGUGUGUGUGUGUGUGUGCGUGCACAAGAGAGUGAAGGGAUUAGUGGAAUAUAGAUGAGGAUGUGGUUCCUGUCCAGCAGCUGUCACACAUCCUGGUCCUGAAAAACAGAACGACUAAGUGAAAAAUCAGAGAAACAGAGAUCCAGUGAAACCGUGAUGCUCGCUCUGAGGAUGCAGAUGAAGCUGAUGAAGGCAGUAUUGUUGAUGUGUGUGUGUCUGAGUGUGUUGCCUGCACAGUGUGUGUGUUUUUCACGCGGAGCUUCAACAGUUACCUGCAUGGACAUGAAGCCUGGACACAUCAGCACUCAACCUCAGCACACACACACAACAUCGGCAGUGACUGUACACACCAGCCGCACAGUCUAUCUACCACAGCACACACUCAUGGUGAGUGUGCGCAGCUCUCGAGCAUUUAUGGGUCUUCUGCUGCAUGCACGCUCUGUAGCGGAGGACCGUGUGGUUGGAGGCGAGUUCACACUCCACCCUCCGGGAACACACACACUCUCCUGCCUGUCCACUGCAGACACGGUCACACACUCCGACAAGCUGUUGAAGAGGAACCUGUCGUUCACCUGGAGGGCUCCGGCUCGGCCCAGUGGGGACCUGAGAUUCUAGUGAGACACACAUACGCACACACACACGCGCGCACACACAUGCACUAU